UGAUUUUGGGAACACUAAAAAAGUAAGUCUAACCUGAGGUAAACGGUUUCGGUGUUCUAAGCUUUCUAAGCUUUUGCUGAUAAUAAACGUAAUAUUUAAUGUGCAUUAGAGAAGUAGGAGUUUGAUAAUUGAUUUCUGGACAUUAGGGCAGAGUGUUGCUACCUUAUAGCAUAAUUUGUUCCUGUUAGCACAUCUAACAGCAUAUAAAACAGAUAACUAUGGCAAAAAUCAAUCCAAGAGUAUUUUUUGAUAUAGAGGUGGGAGGACUUCCAAUGGGGCGUGUAAUCUUUGAGCUUUAUUCCGAUGUUUGUCCAAUAACAUCUGAAAAUUUUCGUGCUCUUUGCACUGGAGAAAAGGGAUUAGGGAAAACAACUGGAAAGCCAUUACAUUACAUAGGGAUAGUUUUUCACAGAGUAGUUAAGGAUUUCAUGAUCCAGGGUGGUGACUUUUCAGUGGGUAAUGGUACGGGUGGAGAAUCAAUUUAUGGUGGAACAUUUGCAGAUGAAAACUUUGAUAUAAAGCAUAGCAAACCAUUUUUGUUAUCAAUGGCUAAUCGUGGUAAGGACACAAAUGGUUCACAGUUUUUCAUUACAACGCAACCAGCGCCUCACCUCGACAAUGUGCAUGUGGUUUUCGGAGAGGUAGUCUCCGGCCAGGAAGUCAUCUCGCACAUUGAGGGUCUUCCAGUGGAUCGUAUGUCAAGGCCUCUACAGGAUGCCAAAGUUGUUAACUGCGGCGAGCUUGUGUUGAAACUCAAAACUAAAGCCAAGAAGCGUGAAACGAAGGAAAGCAGUUCAUCGGAAUCCGAUUCGGAUUCGUACACGGGAAAGAGUAAGAAAAAGAAGAAGAACAAGAAAAGUAAAAAAAGGGCAAAGUCAGAAGAAGGUGAAAUCCAGGAAUCGGACCCCGAAGAAGAAGGAAAGCCUCAUCCUUUAGUUUCCGUCACAAAAAUCGAUCCGGACGAGAUCCCCGAGGUUCCAGCAAAUAAAUUUUUGUACCGUGCCGGGCCAACUAAUAACGCUAAUCAAAAAGAAUUCAGGCAGCACUAUGGCAGAGAGAGGAUGCGUAGCCACAGAAAAACUGGGCGAGUCUUUAAAGGGCGAGGCAUAUUUAGAUAUCGUACACCUUCACGUAGUCGUUCCAGGAGUGUAACACCGCCACAUUGGAAACAAGCUCAAAAUCGUACUAUCAAGUUACACGAAUUUCAGAAACUGGAGAAGGAACGUAUGAAAAAGGAGGAGGAGCAAAAGAAGCGCGAAGCGGAUCGUAAGAAGAAAUUUGGAGAUGAUGACAGCAAGGAAGAUCAAGGAGAUAAAAAUUCUAGUGAAUUCGAGCGUAAAUUCCAGGAGGAAAAUCCUCUGGACAACCAGGAUCUACCGGAACCAGGUUCACAAAAUCAGAAUAAUGGCAUGGCGUUGGAGAAUAAGAACGGAUCAGAAUCCCAAGAGAAGCUAGAUUCAAAACGUAGAGACGGUCGGUCGGAUAGACGUAGUGGAAAUCGUUCGUAUAGUGAUCGGUUCUCUAGACGCGAUUCCAGGGAUAGAGGCAGAAGACGAGGAAGUGGACGAUCUAGAUCGCGCGAUCGUCGAAGAUCUAGGGAUUAUGAUCGUAGGAGUAGUCGUGAUAGGAGAAGUAGGAGGUAUUCUCCACGUCGUCGAGACUCUUAUAGAUCCAGCAGGGCUGACAAAAACAGUCAAAGACAUAAUGAGAAAAAGAACGACGAUAACAAGUUGAAUAGCUCUGACCCCAAGCUGGGAGUCGAUUUGGCUACCCCAGGCAAUGAAAAGCCUAAGGAACAGCAAGAGAAUAUUGAGGAUGUUUCAAAUUCAACUGCACAACCAAAAUUCAAACGUCGCUCACGCUCCUCCAGCUCCAGUAGUCAACACUCUAAAGAAUAAACUACUCACCUACGCACCAUCUUCAUUUAUUUUUCUUGACACGUUUGGUAAGCUAUUUACGGAUUCACGUUUAGUAUAUAAAAAAGGAUGUUUUAAACAAAUAGCCAGAAAGAUAAAAAUAACUUUCAAUUAAUGAAAUUUUGUGUGUACAUAAAACCACAACUAUUUAGUCUUGUUCUGCGCCGAAAAGUCUAUUUGAAGUUACAUAAGAACUGAUUAUAUGACACGUGUUUAUUAUUUACUUAUGUGAUUAGCUAAAUGCAUUGUGGUUGCGUCAAUCAGCAGUGUCGUCGAAAAGCCGUUUUAAUUAAUUUUUUACCAUUGAAGAUCCAACAAAAUGUAACAAAAUUUCUUUUUCUCUUCUCAUUUAGUGUUGUUUAUCUACCGAAUAUAUCUAUUGCGCAUACCAAGGAAUUUCUCUACAUGAAGAUUAGACAUGUCACCAUGUAACUAUCGGUUAAGAGUUAUAUAGGUGACAAAUGUUCUCACGUUUAAAUAUCAUUGUAUUUAUUACUCGAGUAAUAAAAAUAUGAAAUUCAGUAUGUUUUAGUUUAGAAAGAUUGUUCAAAUAUCAGUUCAAUUUUGCUAAUUGAAUCUAAAGCUUUUUGUGGAUAUGCUGUAUUUUUCUGAACUUAUUCAAGUUAUAUGUAUUUACACUAGAUAAUAAAGUUCAAAUGUUAAUAGGGUUAUACGUGCCUUUGAGACUCAUAAUCAAAGGUACAUCAACUCUAAUUGCACUGGCACAAUUAAUAAAGACAUUCCUAAAUAUAUUAUUAAAAAAAAAAAAACAAUAGAGAAAGUAUUGUCUGUC